AUGUUCGGGGCCUUCAGAUUCACGAACCCCCUCAGCGGCGGCCUGCUAUGGAAGAUCCCAUGGCGGCUAUCGAAAUUCCAGAAGAUGCGGCAGCGCAGACGCCUUCGCGCCGUGGAUAGCGUCAUUGCCACCCUCGACAAGGCGCUCGCCAAGCAGGGAGAGACGCUGAAGUCGCUGGAGAGGUGGAAGGCCGAGAUGCCGACUGAGCAGGAGAUGCUGCCCAAGGACAAGUACACCAUGUUCGACCGGAAAGAGAAGCGGUACCGCAAGGGCAUUCAUAAAUUACCGAAAUGGACAAGAGUGUCCCAGAGAGUCAACCCGCCUGGUUACUAA